AUGUCUAUUAGUAAUGAGACGUACGUGCACCCUAACGCCGUAGUGACUGAACUAAAGCAUAAACCAAGCGAUUCGCUCAGUCUGUUUGCACCUAAGCUUCAAGGCUUAAGUAAGCCUUUAACAACACCAAUCAUACUACCAGAAAUCGUUGGUGAGAGAGGAGACAUCAUUCACAGGUAUACUAUGUUUCUUUUUACAAAGCAACAUGAAGAGUUGGUUGGGAUUUAUGCUUCUCAGUUAGCUCGUCAUCGUUGUAUCGAUCUCUUUGUGCAUAUGAUGGAGUUAAGGCUAAAUAGCAGCGUUCACGUCAGGUAUAAAAUAUUCCUUUCUGCUAUUGAAUACUUGCCAUUUGCUCCAGAAGAUGAUUCAAAGGGCAGUUUUGAGGAGAUCAUCGAAAGGGUUCUUUCAAGGUCUCGAGAAAUCAGAGUUGGGAAAUAUGAUAAUGAAACAGAUGUUGCAGAGCAGCAUCGGUUACAGAGCCUUCAGAAAGCUUUAGUAAUUCAGUGGCUCUGCUUUACACCUCCUUCAAGAGUCAAUAAUUCUAGGUCCGUUAGUAUGAAACUUCUUUUCCGGGCAUUGACACACAGCAAUGUACUGUUCCGGGAAUUUGCUCUUAUCUCAAUGUGGAGGGUUCCAGCAAUGCCAGUCGGGGCUCAUACUUUACUCAGUUUACUGGCUGAGCCAUUGAAACAACUCUCAGAUGAUCUUGUUUCUGUGGAGAGUCAUGAGUUCUCGGAGAAUUUAAAGGAGUUCCAGGACUGGAGUGAGUUCUAUUCAUGUGAUGCAACUUAUCGCAACUGGUUAAAGGUUGAGCUAGAGAAUGCAGAAAUUUCACCAGUUGAACUCUCAGAUGAGGAAAAGCAGAAUGAAGUUAUAGCUGCUAGAGAAACUCUUGAUACAUCACUCUUGCUUCUACAACGGAAAGAGAAUCCCUGGUUAGUUCCAACUGAAGAUCACAUCUUGGAAAGUGAUGAGCCUGUGUUCCUCGAGUUGCAUGCUACUGCGAUGCUUUGUUCAUCAUCUGGUGAUUGUUUGGCUCCCGACGCCACCUUGUGCACAACGUUAAUGAGUGCCCUUUACUCUUCAGUCAGUGAGGAAGAAGUAUUAAAACGCCAGAUAAUGGUGAGCGUCUCCAUAUCAUCCAGAGACAACUAUUGUGUCGAGGUUGUAUUACGCUGCUUGGCAACAGAAAAGGAUGGUCUUGGGUCACAUCAGUUCCCUGAUGGCGGUAUUCUUGCUGCAAUGCUUGCUGCUGGCUUCAAAGGGGAGCUUAUUCGCUUUCAAGCUGGAGUUACAUUGGAAAUCUCUCGAUUAGAUGCUUGGUAUUCUGGCGGCGAUGGUUCUAUUGAAGGCCCUGCAACCUACAUAGUGCAUGGUCUUUGUUUAUUGUGUGUCUGUGUGUCGCUUGUCGGGUCUGGUAGUCCACCUAAUACCCAUGAUGAGUUGAUCAACCUUGUCACAAAUCCUGAAACAGGGUUCAUUCGUCUCUUCAGUCAGCAUCAAUUGCAGACUGGGAAAAAUGAAUCUCCCAAUAUACAUAGACCAACCAGUGAAACAAUCUUUAUGUGUGAAGAGGCAGUAAAUAAUUCGAUGUUGCAGCUGUGUGACGACCCAAAGGUGCUUGAAGGUUACAGAGGGAAUGUACCUGGAAUUAAAGCAAAAGAGAAGAAGGAGGAGUCAGCAAGCAGAUUUGAGUUUGCAAACAGGCUCAAACAGCAACACACAGCAGUAGAGGACUCAAUUAUAACCCCAGCAGCAGAUUUAAGAUCCAAAAUGAAGGUUUCUACUACUGGAGUUCAGAUUUGA